CAACCAGCGACAAACACCCACACAGCCUUCUCUCUCUCGCCUCGAACACUGUCCCAUUGCGGGCAUAUCUAGGGCUCCACCUCUGCAUACGGCAACGGAACAAAGAACUUUGCAUCCAGCACGACCACUAUCCCAACAACAACGAUUACAACACAUAUAUGCAGGAUGACCAGCAGCAGCGCACCCGAGAACCAAUGGCUGUUUAAGAAGGAGGAUCUGUACAGGACGCCGUCGUUGAUGGCUGGAACGACUUAUCAACUUGAGAAGGAGAGUCGUAGCAAGGGCAUCACAUUCAUUUUCCAAGUGGGAAUGCAUCUGAAGCUACCACAAAUCACGAUGGCAACCGCGGCGCUCUUUUUCCACCGUUUCUAUAUGCGACACUCUCUCAAAGACUACAAGUUCUAUGACAUUGGUGCAACCUGCAUCUAUCUCGCCAGCAAAACGGAAGAAUCGACGCGCAAGUUCAAAGACGUGAUCAUUGCAUGCGCACAAAAGGCUGCAAAAAGGGAGAUACAGAUUGACGAUUCAUCAAAGGAAUUCCGCGUCUGGAAGGAUACAAUCAUUUAUACAGAGGAGGUGCUGCUGGAGGCCCUCUGCUUCGAGCUCAGUGUGGAACAUCCAUACCAUUUCAUGCUAACUCUAUUAACCAAUCAUUAUACGAAGGAUAUUCACCGCUCAAGGAAGCUGAAGCAAGUGGCCUGGGCUUUCAUAAAUGACAGUUUGAGGACAACAUUGUGUCUGCUAUAUCCUCCCAAGAUCAUUGCCCUUGCAGCACUACAUAUUGCGGCCAAAUAUCUGGAUGAGAACCUGAAUGAAGCCCUCGGAGACAUCUGGCGGGAACUGUUUGAACCAGAUGUUCAGGACAUCCAAGAUGCUGCGAAUGAGAUUCUGGACCAGUACACACAGUUCCCGAACAGACGAUCUUUGGACAAAAUGAUGCCUGGGUCGAAACCAGGAAGCGAAUAUCAAGAGAAUGGGACACCCUCUUACGGAGGCUACCUCAGCAGCCCUGCCAAACUUGCCACACCAGCCUAUAACGAACCGGACAGAUCCAAUGGCGACCGAAGUGUAGCUUGAUAGUCAAAAAUAACACACUCGUUGCCUAUUCGUACUUAUUGUAUCUCGAUGGAUCUCUGAUGACAGAAUAUUGUUGUUCCUUACAUGCAUCUUUGGACCUACAAGGCAAAGAAUGAACUGCUGCACAAGCAUGCGCUUUGUACGUAGAUCUCAAGGUGGAUAGAAUAAAAGACAAGGGAUGAC